CUCCGCUGCCUAGCAACAAACAUUUGGCGAGCUAGCAGGUUGCUACUCUCAUAGGCUACGUAGAUAGGAGGCACGUAGGUCCGUGGAUAGAUAGCAGUGUAUUUUCAGUGCCUAAAAGGCCAAAUUUAGCCUUAGUUGUCGACGGUAGUUAUCUUAUACCCGCCUUUUUGACGUGAAUAGCCUUCAGGUUGAGCAGCCAUUACUUAUUCAGCGUUAACGGGUGGAGCAGGAGGUAAUUUUCUGAAGGAAAAGUGACUAGCCUUAGCUAAGAAUUCUUAACAGUAGAGCAUUUCCUCUUGCCACGAAGAAGAGCUGAGAGGGGCUGUAUAUCGGGAUGAGAUCGUUGGUUAGCUUACCGGUUAGCCUAUCUAAUGUUGGCGGAUACUGGAUGAGCUGAAACGUUAUAUAACAGCUAUAAAAUACCCAGGCAGAGUGGAAUUGAAGGAAUCAACCAGACGUCGCCACCAUGUUGGAGGAAGACAUGGAAGUGGCCAUCAAGGUGGUCGUGGUGGGAAAUGGAGCUGUUGGCAAGUCCAGUAUGAUCCAACGCUACUGCAAAGGCAUCUUCACUAAGGACUACAAGAAGACCAUUGGUGUGGAUUUUCUGGAAAGGCAGAUAGUUGUAAAUGAUGAAGAGGUACGACUAAUGCUAUGGGAUACCGCUGGGCAAGAGGAGUUUGAUGCCAUCACCAAAGCCUACUACCGAGGUGCCCAGGCGUGUGUACUUGUCUUCUCCACCACAGACAGGGAUUCAUUUCAGGCUAUUGACAGCUGGAGGGAGAAGGUGGAGGCAGAGGUUGGAGAUAUUCCUACAGUUCUAGUGCAGAACAAAAUCGACCUCCUUGAAGAUACCUGUAUAAAAAACGAGGAAGCAGAAGGUUUAGCGAAAAGGCUGAAGUUAAGAUUUUAUCGAGCUUCAGUAAAAGAAGACCUUAAUGUCAACGAAGUUUUUAAGUACUUGGCUGAGAAGUAUCUUCAGCGACUCAAACAGCAAACAGCAGAGGAGACAGAGGUGGUCCAUACAACAAGCAAUAAAAUAGGUGUUUUUAAUACAAGUAGCAACGUCUGCAACCAGAGCUCCAGCAAUGGCAGAGAGGUCAUCACUCUGCGACCUAACAAACAGAGGACCAAGAAGAGUAAAAAUCCUUUUGGAAGCUGCAGUCUACUCUAGAUUAAUCAACUCAUUUCAGUGACUGAAUGUUAUUUCUGAGACUACAGUAGGUUGGUUUUGUUAUAUUCUGUGGAUGUGGCCAUAUUGAUUGACCAAAGCCCACACAGACCAGGACACACUCCACUAAUAGUACCAUAAAUUUAAUCUUAAUCUAUUUCCCAAUAUUGCUGGUUGAAUUUCCUUAGAUUCAGCCUGGAUCUGCGCACAAAAAGCUUCUCAUUGUUUAUCCAGUCCAGGGUCCUCCUUGUGGUUUUAUUAGAUAACUGCAACAACUGUAGAUACAUCCAUGAUUAUUGUGUCAGAAAUUUAAUGACACUCCAUAAAAGAUCAUUUUUACAGGACACCCACAUUUCAUCUGUGUAACAUGUGUUUGCAUGUAUUUGAGAAGAUACUCGGAUUAUUUUGUACCAUAUUUUUUCAAGAUUUCAAAAGAAUAUGGUUCAAAUUAUACUGUGUAUUGUUGAUGUAAAGAAACACAGAUUAAGAGUAUAUUCUCUGUGCAAAAGUAUUUUUGUACAUCUCACAACAGUGUUGAGUGAUUAUUUUCACUAAGUGUUGACAUCGUGCCAAAUCUGCUCUUCUGAGCUUUGAUUAUAACUGCAGUGAUAUGUAUGUAACAUUAAAUAAGUAGAAUGUGCUCCUAUGUAUAACCAAAUAUCGAUAACUCUAAAUAGUCUUCUAUAUGUUUGCUUGCGGUCCACUCAUUAACAAACUGUAUCUGUUAACCAUUUCAAAAACGUUCAGAGGUUUGGAUUUGGUGAUGCAAAAGUUUGUUUUUAUUCUCUGCUUUUUUUUAGUCAUCUCAAGUCACAAUCAGUUAUAGCACUAUGUUGUAAAGCUGUUUACAUUUGACAUAUUUCACUGUGCUUUUCUUUUUAACUCUGGUACGGUGGCCAGUGACUUGUCACUUGGCUGUAGAUUAAGUAAGAUCUGGUACUUUGAAAGUUGCACUGUAUGUCUAACAUUUUUUACUUGGUGUGACUUCUGUAGUUUAAAAUAUUUCUAAUCAAAAUAAGAAUACAUUAUUUUUGUCAGCCUCAUUCUUUUGUGGAAAAACAAUGUAAGAAGGGUACACAAAGUUGUCUCUGUGGUAUGGGCUCUUGAGCACAAUGUAAAGCUAGCUCUAUUCAGCUAAUGAAGCUGGAUGUUUACUUUUCUGUGUGAGCACCUGAAUAUACAAGAAAACUUAAGUGUUUCUUAAUUCACCAGAGUUCUGGCAUAGUGAUUGGUUCCCAGACUAAUACCCAAUCCUUAAAACUGAAUACUUAAUAUUACCACCAAAUCUGAAUCAAGCCUUUUUUAAAUCAACUUAUAUGAAAGACAAGUCUUUACCAAGCACAAUGAAAUACUAUUGUAAGAAAGUCUUGUAAAUCAUGUCUGAAAUUCUCAACAUUUCCUCAUAAAUUAUUCUGAACAUUUUAUCUGUGGUAUAAGUACAUAAAACCUCUUGGCGUAAAGCACAUCUCAAAUCUCUAAGAUUAAAAAAGUCUGCAUCUUCACAGGAUGUUUUGUUUCUGCCAGCAUCAAAGUCCAACAAUGCUUUUACAUUGUGCUCCAGUUAAACCAGUGGUUCUCAAGUGGUCUUGCUUCAGGACCCACCACCAAUUCUCAAUGAGCAAUUACGACCCAAAUUUCUGAUUUUUUUGACCACAUUUCACUGAACAAAGUGCUUUACAAAACGUGACAAAACAAAAUACCUCAGAGUUUCCAGAGAAGUUUCUUGAAAUUUUCAGAGACAUAAUCAAGAUCAAAUUCCUAAAACUCCAGUGAAAAUUUAUGGAAAAGACUGCUGAAAGGUUCUGUGAAGAGUCCUAAUAAGUACUAUUGAUUUUUUUUUUUUUUUGAUCCUUCUUUGUGAAAUUUCUGAGGAUUUACAGAAGAAGUCCCAGGGAAUAUUAACAAAAAAAUUCUUAAAUUUCUUUAAGAUUUCAGAGAAAUUUGCAGUACAAUUCCUUAAUAAUUCAGAAAAAAAAUCUGCCAAGCUCUUCUCUGCUACUAAAAACUCAAACUAAAUAAAAAUAAAAAGCACUUUAUAGACUGAAAUUUUUUUCCCAGCACACGUUUGCAUCCCACCAGAAACAGCUCCACAACCCACUUUAGGGUCCCAACUCACCAGUUGAGAACCACAGAAAAACCACUGGUAGUAAGAUUGUCAAGUCAAACUGUCUCAUUUACUACUAUGUAACAGUUAUGUUCUGAAAAAGAAAGAAUGUGGCGUAACCAAUGCAUGCAAGCCUUUUUUACUCAUCAAUGAAUGUCAUACCAUGGUCGCAACGCCACAAUGCCUUGUCCAUGUUUACAUUCUCCUCCAUCAAGCAUUUAAUGCCUUGUAUUUCUGUUUGUUUAUAACUGCCUGCAGUAAAUGUGUAAAUACCUUCUGGAGCUUUCUUUAAUUUGUAACAUUGUGUUUAACUUGCCUUUUUGACUGAUUUGAUUUUAGCGCACUUUAUCAUUAAGAUGACAUAAUGUUAAGAGACCACAAGUCAACGCUAAUCAUUACUUAUGUGCUGUCACUCAGGUGUUGUAAUAAUCUCUGUCUUAAUGUCUAACUGACUUCAGAAGCAGAUUUCAUAACAUUUAAAUGGAUAAAACAACCGAUUAAUGCUUUCAUUGUGACAAAAACGACACUCAUUGUUGGAUUUAUUUUUAACCAUUUAAAAUGUAUGACAACUUAAGGUGUGCAACACAACUGUGCACCUGUAAGGGGAAAGAUUAUGGUAAUCUGACAUAAAUAAAACUCUUUUUUGUUCUUGUG